AUGAGCUCACGGCGCCUUACUUCUUUCUCAUCGAGUGCUGCUGCGACCGCGCGCAAGCCGACGGCGUCUCGUUUCGCCCAUGCUCGGAUACCCCUUACUGUCGACGCCAAUAUCAAUGCGACCGCCACUUCUCUUACUUCCAUCCCCGCGCGCUCCUUGUUUACCUCGUCACCUCAGUAUCUUCCCAGAGUGAAGAAGCUGGAUCGAAUGCUCAAGGAGGGUGAGGAACAGGAGGGCGAGGAACACGAGGUCGAAAACGAGCAAGAACAUCGCAAGGAACCAGAAGAGUCGGAAGCCAAGGCCGAGUCUUCCAGCUCCUCCUCCUCUUCGGGCGCCAAAUCUGUUACAGGCGGUGCACCAGCUUCUGGCUCUGGUGCAAGUGGUUCUGGCUCGGGCUCGGGUUCAGGCUCAGGCUCUGGCUCCAACUCCAUCGCUCGCUCUACGGUGCCAUCGGUCUAUCCCCAAGUUCUUGCCCUUCCUAUCACUCGACGUCCACUCUUUCCCGGAUUCUACAAGGCGGUUGUCAUCAAGAACCAGGCCGUCUGCGCUGCGAUCAAAGAGUCGCUUAAGCGUGGCCAGCCUUACAUUGGCGCCUUCUUGCUAAAGGACGAGGAGGAAGAUGCCGACGUUAUCACCGAUCUCAGUAAAGUCCACAAGGUUGGUGUCUUUGCUCAGGUCACCAGCCUCUUCCCCGUUCAGGGCAGCGGCCAGACCGGCGGAGGUAAGAAGGGUAAAGACGGCGAGGACAAGUCCGACGAAGAAGAGGGCAUCACCGCUGUCCUCUAUCCACACCGUCGCAUUUGCAUCGACGAACUCAUCACCCCCACUGGUCAGACCAUCCCGUCGCCACCACCGGGCAGCGAAGGCGCCGGCCCUGCCAACCCUAUCAGUGACGAGGCAGCCAAUGAAGCCGUCAAGGCUGCUUCCAUCGCCAAGGUGCACGAGAUCCAGCAAGAGGCACGAGACGACGGCGUCUUGCCCGAAGUAAACGACGCUUCCGCCGCCAAUCUCCAGCAAAACGCACCUCCCUCAGCGCCCACAGCUGUCGAUGGACAGCCUGAAGCUGAAAGCGAAACCGCACCCGCCGACGGGCAAGAUAUGCCAUCGCAUUCGGCGCCGUUCCAGACCUCGUUCCUCCAGGACUACGCCGUCUCGCUCGUCAACGUCACCAACCUGGCUCCCGCCCCUUACGACAAGCGCAACGACCAGUACAUUCGUGCCGUCAUGUCCGAACUCAUCAGCGUCUUCAAGGACAUUGCACAGCUCAACCCGCUCUUCCGCGACCAGAUCGCCAACUUUUCCAUUUCGCAGGGCGCAGGCAACGUCUUUGAGGAGCCCGAGAAGCUCGCCGACUUUGCUGCUGCCGUCUCCACCGGCGAGGUCGGUGAGCUGCAAGCCGUUCUCGAGGCUCUCGACAUCCGCGAGCGUCUCCAGAAGGCGCUGGUGGUGCUCAAGAAGGAGCUCAUGAACGCACAACUUCAGAGCAAGAUCAGCAAGGACGUCGAGUCCAAGAUCCAGAAGCGUCAGCGCGAGUACUACCUCAUGGAGCAGCUCAAGGGCAUCAAGAAGGAGCUCGGCAUCGAGAGCGAUGGCAAGGACAAGAUGGUCGAAAAGUUCCGCGAGAAGGCCGGCGAGCUCAACAUGCCGGAAGCCGUUCGCAAGGUGUUUGACGAGGAGCUCAACAAGCUCCAGACGCUCGAGCCUGCCGCCAGCGAGUUCAACGUUACUCGCGGCUACCUCGAUUGGCUCACCAAUAUUCCCUGGGGCGUCCAUUCGCCCGAAAACUACUCGAUUUCCAACGCUACCGGCGUCCUCGACGAAGACCACUACGGUCUUUCGGAUGUCAAGGACCGUAUCCUCGAGUUCCUCGCCGUCGGCAAGCUCAAGGGCACCGUCGAGGGAAAGAUUAUCUGCUUGGUUGGUCCGCCCGGUGUCGGUAAGACGUCGAUUGGCAAGUCGAUUGCACGCGCUGUCGAGCGCCAGUUCUUCCGCUUCAGUGUCGGAGGUCUCAGCGAUGUUGCCGAGAUCAAGGGUCACCGAAGGACCUACGUCGGCGCUAUGCCAGGCAAGGCCAUCCAGGCACUUAAGAAGGUCGGCACCGAAAAUCCGCUUAUUCUUAUCGAUGAAGUCGACAAGAUCGGACGAGGUCACAAUGGCGACCCGUCGUCGGCUCUGCUCGAGAUGCUCGACCCGGAGCAGAACGGCUCCUUCUUGGAUCACUACAUGGAUGUUCCCGUCGACCUUUCGCGCGUCCUGUUCGUCUGCACCGCCAACACACUCGAGACCAUCCCGCAGCCGCUACUCGACCGAAUGGAGGUGAUGGAAGUUUCGUCGUACACCGCCGACGAGAAGCGACACAUUGCUCGAGGCUACUUGGCUCCCCAGGCCAAGGAAGCUUCGGGUCUGCAGGAUGCCAACAUCGAGCUUCCAGAUGAGACGAUCGAUUUCCUGAUCAAGCAUCACGCGCGCGAGAGCGGUGUCCGAGGUCUUCGCAAGCUACUCGAGAAGGUCUACCGAAAGAUCGCUUUCGAGAUCGUUAAGCAGCACGGCGAGUCAGUGUUUCCCGAGCCUCAGGAGGGUGAAUUGGCGAGCGCCAAGACGGAAGCCGCAUCCGCUGUCUCGGCGGGCGCUGCUGACAGCUCUACUCAGUCGGUGACUCCACCGGCUGUGGAUGGUCAGCAGCCAGCAGAAAGCAAAGAGACGCCAUCGCCCUUCACAGAGCCCUCUGCUUCGUCGAGCCAGGCCGAGACCUCACCUGACAGCCAGCCCAAGCAGGACGGCAAGGUGCUGGGCAAGGAAGCCGCGCCGCCCGAGGCACCUGCCAAGGUGACGACCGAGAAGCGUCAACCCAUGGCUGUGCCUAAGGAUGUCAAGGUGGUUAUUACCAUCGACAGCUUGCGCAAGUAUCUUGGACCUCCCGUGUAUCACAAGGACCGUUUGUACACGAGCGCCAUGCCCGCAGGUGUGUCGACGGGUCUUGGGUACUUGGGGAACGGCUCCGGCUCGCUGAUGCCCAUCGAGACGACCAUCAUGCCGGGCAAGGGAGGCUUGCAGUUGACAGGUAAGCUCGGUGACGUGAUCAAGGAAUCGGCUUCGAUCGCACUAUCGUGGAUGAAGACGAAUGCGUUUGAGCUCGGCAUCGUUAAGGAUGCCAAGGACCAGCUGCUGGAGAACAAGGAUGUGCACUUGCACAUGCCCGAGGGUGCCAUCGGUAAAGAGGGUCCUUCGGCUGGUGUCGCGUUCACCGUCUCUCUCACUUCGCUGCUGACCAACCGAUCCGUAGCACCGACGCUGGCCAUGACGGGUGAAGUAUCGCUCCGUGGAAUGGUGCUGCCCGUGGGCGGGUUGAAGGAGAAGCUGCUGGCUGCGCACCGAGCUGGUAUCACCAAAGUGAUCCUGCCCGCGCAGAACCAGCCCAACGUCGAGGCGGAUGUACCCAAGGCCGUGCUCGACGACCUCGAGGUGCACUAUGUGAACAACGUAUGGAGCGCUCUCAACCAUGCAUUUGGAGAAGGGCCCUGGUCGACGAGAGCGAAGGAGAUGGAGGAGCUGGAACGUCAGGAGUCGAUUGUGCCGCCGGCCAUUCCGAAGAAGACGUUCAAGGAGGAUGAUGGGGCUAGCCAGGAUCAGCCGGUAAAUUAG